AACUAACCUACCUUCUUCGGUUGCAAUCAUCUCGUGCGAAUUACUAUAUUCGUUUGCGUCGUAUCUAGCCCAUGACUACCAAUGGUCAAUGUAGCUGGCCGUUCCAAAGGAUGCUUCAACUGCCGCAAGCGCCGCGUCAAAUGUGACGAGACACAGCCCACUUGUAAAAGAUGUCAAAAGCUAGGUAUUGCUUGCGACGGUCCCAGGACGCUCGUGUUUGUUGAAGGAAAAAUCAUCAGGUCAAGACGGACUCAGAAUCCAUCGAAUAGAACGAAGGGCGUGACAAUGACACCUGCUUGGAAGAGAGAGGAUGUUAAGAAAUCAGCUUCGGUCUCUCCGCCAUACCAGUCUUCACCCCAACAUGUAGGGCUGAGAUUCGAUGAGUAUGAAGUCUACAUAUGUCAUCUACGACGAUACCUCUAUCCCAAUGGCCCCGUUGACCUGGGACUACAACAACUUCGGACCUCGGACCUUGCUAUUAGUCGAUAUCCAACCAUAGGUGCAGGCGCUAAUCCUUUGUUCAAUCAAGCUGCUUUGACGUUUGCCACGUUACUAUUUGGCGCCCAACACCACCAGGCUCGCAUCCUCGCCAAGGGCUACGACAUGCAUGGUGUCGCCCUCCGGCAGUUGAACCAAGCACUCAGUAUUCCGGGAUGUCACGAACGAGACGACAUCAUCAAUGUCAUCAACAUCAUGGCCAUGCUUGAGAUGUGCUUGCCAAGUGGCCCCAGAAAUUGGUUAAAACACAUGCUGGGGCUAGAACAACUCAUAGCACUUCGUGACCCAGGUUCGCUGGCAUAUGCUUCGACCCAAACACUGGAGUUGUACAAAGGUGUUCGCCAUAUGAUAUUACUUGCCUCGUUGCGAAAUAGAUCUCCAUCUAUUCUUGCUAGACAGCGAUGGAAGGCCGUAUUGCAAACGCCUCUCUCACUUGAACCAAGAGAAGAAAGAGAAUUACAUGAGGUAAUGGCAGACUGCACGGUACUGAUUGCUGCGAGCGACGAGGUUUCCAGAACACGCAACACACAUGACCCCGUGCGCUUAGAAAGGGUCGAAGAAAUCCAAACGAAAGCUAGGGAUUUGCUUACCUUCCUGCAAACCUGGAAACAGCAAUGGGACAGUGAAAAGGGAAACUCGUGUAUCACGGAAGAUGACUUUGAGGCCAUUUGCGCAGGUGCUCCACAAGCAUUGUGGAUGGUAUACAAGUUCCAAAACGACUCCAUCGCACGUAUAUUCAUGCUAUACACCACUGCUAUGAUCCAUGUGCUUCAGAUCGUCGAAGUGACUGAAGAGUUACAGGCGCAGUCAGGAUUUCCGGGAGUGGAAACCAGCGGUACCCUCCAUCUCAUCCGUGCAGCAGGCAUCAGCAUUGCACGAAGUAUACCGGAUUAUCUGCAACAUAGGAGAUAUCGCGGCGCCACAGGGUUUACUUCUCCGGUUGUUCAGUGGGCGGUUCUUAUGGCUUGGCAAGUACUUGGGCGCGAUGAGUCUGCCGAGGGAAAGUGGAUGGUGGGAGCUUUGCAGGGGUAUAGCGAGUAUGCUAUUGCGAAGGCUGCGUGGGAGGUUUGA